CUAAGAAGCAAUUGAGUAUACAAUAGUCCUUUUGCUGUUUUAUUACAGGAAUUUGAGACCUAAGAACAAAAUCUAAUGACAGCUAAUCGGUCGCCCACGCAUGUAUUUUAAAUUUUUAAGGUCAAUGCACUUAGAUCUGACUGCACUGUACUUGCUUACUGUUGCCAAGCUCUAUCAUCCUCUGCUUCAGGCUAAAUUUGGAUUUGAUUUUGUGUUUCUGAUUGAUUAUUCCAUUGCAAAGGGCGCUUACCAGGUCAAUGACAUCAUCGGAUCACAAGCAAACCCAAAACCAACCGGCGGCCGAAUCUCAGAAAUUGCUUUCGGAUUCGACGGAUUCCGCAAACCCUAAUUAUUCUUGCCACCAUUUGUCGGAGCUCCGGUCCCAGCUUGGCCCGGACCCUUUCCGAAAUCUUCGCGGCUCUAUCCGCGUCCAUCCCCUCGGGCGCGCCUCCAUCCGCCGCGGGGAGCGCGUCGUCCAGUGCGACACCUGUGGCCACGCGCCGCCGAGGCUCUACGCCUGCGUGUCGUGCGCCAUCAUCGUGUGCAGCGCGCACGUCGCCGCCCACGCGGAGGUCACCUCGCAUCUCGUGGCGGUCGACGUGAUAAGGGCCGAGCUUUUCUGCUGCGCGUGCGGUGACCAGGUGUACGACCGCGAUUUCGACGCCGCUGUCGUGUCGGCCGCCGCCGGAGGUGGGCCGCUUAUUCCGCCGGAGAAUCUGCGGAAGCGGAGGCGGGUGGAUUACAAACCUUGGACUCCCGAUCUGAAGGAGCGGGCGUUCAUUGCGGAGAAUUCUAGCCCCCUGCCAUCGAAUCAACUCAGUGGUGACUCGGCGAGUCGACCCGGCGGUGAGUCGUUAGUUGUUCCUUGGGGGUUGCGUGGGCUCAGCAAUCUCGGGAACACGUGCUUCAUGAACUCGGUUUUGCAGGCACUUCUUCAUACACCUCCUUUGAGGAAUUAUUUCUUGAGUGAUAAGCACAAUAGGUUUUAUUGUGAAAGAGAAAAUAGAACAAUCCUUACUCGGAAGAGUGAUAUCAAUAAAGGCAACAAUAAGAAUGUGCAGUUGUGUCUAGCGUGUGAUUUGGAUGCUAUUUACUCGGCUGUGUUCUCAGGGGAGAGAAUGCCGUACAGCCCAGCAAAAUUCUUAUACAGUUGGUGGCAACAUGCUUCAAAUCUUGCAAGCUAUGAGCAACAGGAUGCACAUGAAUUCUUCAUUUCCAUGCUUGAUGGCAUUCAUGAAAAGAUGCUGAAGGACAGGCGAAAGGCCCACACCCAAGAUUUAGGGCCAGUAUUCAAACUGCAAGCUUGCCAUCUGCUUCCCUCCUUGAGCGGAGAUUGCUGCAUUGCGCACCGUGUAUUUUCCGGCAUCCUAAGAUCUGACGUGAUGUGCACAUCCUGUGGCUUCACAUCCACAACAUACGAUCCAUGCGUAGAUAUAUCGUUGGACUUGAAACCGAACCACACUGGCCAAAAACCCCCGACUCUAUUGGGCUGCCUCGACCAUUUCACUCGAGCAGAGAGAUUAGGUUCCGACCAAAAAUUUUUCUGCCAGCAGUGUCAGGUCAGGCAAGAGUCCCUCAAACAGAUGUCCAUACGAAAGCUCCCUUUGGUGACUUGCUUCCACAUCAAGAGGUUCGAGCACUCCUCGGUUGGGAAAGUGUCGAGAAAAGUCGACAGCUAUUUGCAGUUCCCUUUUUCCUUGGACAUGUCACCUUACCUGUCGUCGUCUGUUGUUAGGAGAAGGUUUGGGAAUAGAAUGUUGUUCAAUUUUGAGGUGGAUGCGCAGUUUGAGCUUUUUGCUGUGGUCACACACUCGGGUAAGCUUGACGCGGGACAUUAUGUGACUUACUUGAGAUUGAAUGAUGAGUGGUUCAAGUGUGACGAUGCUUGGAUUACUAGAGUUGCUGAUCAUGUUGUCCGAACUGCUCAAGGUUAUAUGAUGUUUUAUGUGCAGAAAAUGCUUUAUUACAAAGCGACUGAGGGGACACUUGGUGUGUGAGGCUAAAGCGAGCCUAGCCUCACACAGUAUUAGGUAUUAUUAUUAUUAUUAUUAUUAUUAAUUUUUUU